AUGACGGCCGACGUGCGCCCUGCCCGGGCGGCACCCGGCGCGGCGGGCUCACCACCCAUAAGGUUCUUCUACUCCCACCUGCACGAGGCGAUCCGCGCGGAGCUGGACGCAAUCUCGCGGCUGGCCCUGGGCCUGGAGCCCGACACGGAGGGCUUUGGGGCGCGGCUGGCGGCGGUGGAGGAGCGCUGUAGGUUCCUGGAGCAGAUUUACAAGUACCACAGCGUGGCGGAGGAUGAGGUGGUGUACCCCGCGCUGGAGUCGAAGGUGAAGAACGUGACGCAGGCGUACAGCGUGGAGCACGACGACGAGGUGGAGCUGCUUGAGCAGCUGAAGCAGCUGCUGAGCGGACUCGCCGCUCAGGAAGGCGCGGAGGUGGUGGCUGCUGUGAGGGAGGUCAUCUGCAAGUUGGAGGAGGUGACCAUCACCCUGAGGAAGCACCUCGCCAAGGAGGAGCAGCAGUUGUAUCCCCUGCUGCUGCAGCACUUCAGCUAUGUGGAACAGGCAGACCUUGUGGCUCAGUUCCUGUGCUGCAUACCUCUUGCAGCUGUGGCAAGGGUCCUUGACUGGCUCAAGCCAAUUGUGCCCCAGGAAGAGCAAGACCAGCUCGUGGAUCACAUUCGUGAAGCCAACCCGGACGAUCUCCUCCUCCAGCUCCUGCUUAUGUGGCUGGACCCUGAACAGAGCCAGAGCGUGCCCCCGGAAAGCGACGCAUCCAGCCAGUCUUCCGUCCAGAUCGACGAGCCCGACACACUGCCACCCAUCCAGCAGAUCGUCAACGUGCACCGCAGCAUUGGCCAGGCACUGGAGAACCUGGUGCAAGAUGCACAGCGGCUCCUGUCGGGAAAGCUUAGUGCUGAACAGGUGUCACUGCUGUGCGAGAAGCACAGGUUCCUGAGGGCUGUGUGCUGGUUCCACAUGCUGUCUGAAGAGGAGGUUAUGUUCCCUGAGCUGGGCAAAAGGAAGAUCGUCAACCUGUCUUCAGUGUUGUCCUGCCAGGCCCAGCACAAGGAAGAGGAGUCUGCUGGGCUGCUGCAGGAAGUGAUCGAAUGUGUGGAAAAAGGACAACUGAGUUACUGCAAGCACAUGGAGAAGGAGGAGGCAGAGGUUCUGCCACUGCUUCAAGAAAACUUGUGCUUUGCUGAGCAGUGCAUCAUUGUCUGGCAAACUGUGAGAAUGAUGCCCCUAAGGUUACUGGAGAGGGUGAUGCCCUGGCUGAUGGGUCAACUGAGUGAGGGUGAUGCUGAGGAGUUGCUGAACACUCUCCGCAUCGGCGCUGAGGGCCUGGAUGUGGACUCUGCUGCUGUGCAGCUGCUCUCGAGAUGGGCACAGAGGGGCUGCAGGUCGCCAGAGCCCCUGCACAAACUUUGUACCCAGGAUCCAUCGCACUAUCCCAAUGACACUUGUGAACCAAAGGUUGUGAAGGAAGGCUCCUCAACAGAGGCAGAUGAGCAGGCACACUCAAAGAUCGAAGAUGAGGUCGUCUUUCCUGCACUUGAGUCCAAGGAGGCACUGGUGAAUGUGUGCCACUCCUAUGUGCUUGACCACAAGCAGGAGGAGGAGCUGUUCCUUGGCUUGGAGAAGUUGGUGAAUACAUUCCGACAUUUGUUGCCAGUGGGAAAAUACCUGGCUGCAUGUGCACAGACGAUCAACAUGAUGAAGCCAACUGGAGACCGGGAGGGUCUGCGAGAGCUGGCCCUGGAGCUCAACCGGAAGUGCUCGGCGAUACGUGCUGCUCUUGAAACCCACGUCCGGGCAGAGGAGAACGAGCUGUGGCCCCUGUUCGUGGAGAACUUCUCAGAGGAAGAGCAGCAUGUACUUGUGGGCUCGAUCAUCGGACGGACGGGCGCAGAAGUGCUUCAGGCGAUGCUGCCCUGGGUAUCAGGAUGCUUCAGUGGCGAGGAAAUGGAUGCCAUGAAAGAGUCCCUGAAGUCAGCAACAAGGAACACCAUGUUUGAGCAGUGGCUGGAAGCUGUUGGUUCACCCAUCGGCUGGAAGGCAGAAUUUGAGCAACCUGAAGCUGAAAGCUCAGAAAAGGUGUCACCUAAUAGCGAUGUUAAGGGAUCGCUGGUAGAAGUUGCACAGUACCUCAGGAGGAAUCUCCCAGGACCCGUAGCAGAAACCAGUGAAUUCUGCCCCAGCUGGGAGGAUCUGUUCAGGAUGAACCAAAAACAGCUUGAGGCCGCCGUGCGCCAAGUGUCCAAUGAUGACAGCUUGGAGCCCAACCGCAAGACGUACCUCAUCCAGUGGAUAAUGGUAUCCAAGUAUGUGGUGGCCCAACAGCAGCUCAGGUGCAAAGGGGAAGCCAUACCAGAUGAGGAAGUGGCAGAGGAAGAGGGCAACGGGGCGCACCGGGGUGCCACAGAGUGCUCAAGCCACCAUCGGACCUUCCAUGAUGAGCAGAAAGGGGUGCUGGGAUGCGUGCACUACCAGCGGCGAGCUGCACUGGUGGCGCCAUGUUGCUCAGAGGUCUUCACAUGCAGGCUGUGCCAUGAUGACAAGUGUGACCACAGGAUGAACAGGUACCUCGUAGAGUCAAUGGUGUGCAUGGUGUGUGGGAAGCGCCAGCCGAUCGGCAGCACCUGCAGCAGCUGCGGGGCGUCGAUGGCGAAUUACUACUGCAGCAUAUGCCACCUGUUCGAUGACUCUCCCCAGGGCGAGAUCUACCACUGCCCCUUCUGCAAUGUUUGCCGCCGGGGCAAGGGCUUGGGACAGGAUUUCUUCCACUGCAUGGAAUGCAACGCCUGCAUGCAUAUGAGCCUGUUCAAGAGGCACAAGUGCAGGGAGAAGUGCAUCGAGGGCGUCUGCCCUGUGUGCAAAGACAACCUGUUUGAUAGUCACCAGCCCAUAAAGGAGUUGAGGUGUGGCCACUUCAUGCACUCCACAUGCUUCUCCCAGUACUCUAGAUGGAACUACACCUGCCCGAUUUGCUCCAAGAGCAUGGGCGACAUGUGCAUGUACUUUCGCAUGCUGGACAGCCUGCUGGCGUCGCAUAGCAUGCCAGAUCAGUUUCGCGACAUGACGCAGCGCAUACUCUGCAAUGACUGUGGCCACAAGGGUGAAGCGCCAUACCAUUUUGUCUACCACGCAUGCCCCCGUUGUCGAUCGUACAACACAUGUGUGCUGUGA